AACACUGACUUGACUCCGUGGCCGAGUGUAAUGAUUGACUAAUCGUGCAAUUAUAUUGAGCUUUUGAACUGUGGAACGUUGGAAUAUGGUGUCUAGCGUAGUGUUAUUACAAUACUCGUUAAGAGAAAGAAAACAUCCAGUUAUACUUUACAGAUAAAAAGUUUUGAUAUCUAGUUAUUGAAGACAGUCCUGCAGUGAUUUAUAUUCGGUGUAUAAUGAAAAUAAAAUAGAAAAAGAUUAUCAUUACAUGUUUCUCGGAGACAAAAGAGCUAUAUCAUGAAGGAAGUGUACUCUAAUCUGCUUGACCUGAAUGUGAUAAUACCAUAAGGAAAACUGAUGGCACUUGCAUGUACUGUAUGUCCAACAAGAUUACCGCUGAUUAUACUGAAAUAGAAAUAACAAUAUGACCUAUUCAAGAAUCUGGGCGUUAAUAUGCAAACUACAAUCACAAAUAAACACUACAUAUAAAUACUCCAUAUGAAAAAUCAGAAUGUUAAAUCUGAUAUACCAUAACAAGAUAUUCCUGAGUGGGAAGUGACUAGCCAUGGUUUGAAGAGGCAACGCAUUAGGCUACUUGUGUCCGCCAUGCCUCAGACAGCCAAGAAGGCGCUGAAACUCACCACCGAAAUUGACAUCCAUGCGGUGUCGUGCCCUGGGGUGUGGCUUCCGGGGAGAGGGCGCUGCUCCCUCUCCGUGUGCCUGCUGGGCUUCCACACCCGCACCAACAAACUGCCGCCCGUCUUUCCACUCCUCUACCAUGAGAAGUUCAAGUUCGAAAGGACGUUCGUGGGCGUGCGUAACCUGAGUGUGCUAGAGAAGGUGCUGGAGGCGGAGACGGUGUACUUGGAGCUCGUGCAGGAGGAGACGUCCGGGGAGGCGGUGCUGGCGGUGUUUGAGUCCUCCGUCAGGGACCUCCUCUUCCCUAAACCCGCCGAGAAACUCUCCUACUCCGGGGUCGACCUUGACCUCCUCAUGGAACCCACCAGGGAUUUUCCGGGCAUCAUCUCUCCUAAAAUCGAGGUGUCGACGAGGACGAGCGUCAGCGAGACGAGGACCCCCCUCCACCAGUGUAGCCAAGACAACGUCAGCUUCGGCCACGCCCACAACAGAAACACCAAAGCCAUGUACCGCUCCAGUUCACCCGAGGAAGGGAGGAAAGGUGACGGAGGAGGCGUAGGUGGAGGAGGAGGAGGAGGCGGCGGCGGCGGAACUAACGAAGGCGUGGCGGGAGCGAUAGUUGGUGCCAAUCACGAGGAUGAGGUGGACGAUCCCCUACCUGUACAAAACAGCCCCCGACGAGGCGAGAGCAGCCGCGGAGGAGCGAGGGACGACGGACCUAAACCUAGAUUUGGGUAUCGGCGGCCUGACGACGACUUGCUCUCCCGUAUCCCCUCCUCCCCCACACGCAACACCAGGUAUCUUGGUAUCCCAAGUCGAUACCUGUCAAGGAGUGCCGGAAACCUGGCCGACAUGCCCCGCACCUCUCUCUCCAGCAGGUACGGCAGACAACAUGGAGGCUCUUCUGGAGGAGGCAAUGGCAAGACGUCCAGCGAGACUGACGGAGGACGUUACACUCACCCCAGACGACGACCCAAGGACGACUUCGCUCACCACGCCCAUGUCUCUCUCCUCGACCCUAAGCGUUGUCCGCACUGUGACGGGGAGCACGGCGCCGAGUCAUGCACCACCUGCCGCACCUACCACCGCUACUUUCCUCGCCCGCCACGCCCGCGCUCUCACGCCCACGCCUACCAUGCCAACAAUCCUCACGCCGUCCUCAAGGUUCUCCGACAGCCCGCCCACAGAGAAUUACGCCCACGGAAGCGAUACCUAGCCGAGAUCGAUGGGUAUAUGUAUGGAGACCGCGGCCACCCUUCCCGACGAGCCCGUUCCCUCUCUCCACAACGUCGGCCGACCUCCGCCCCGCCCGACAGACCCGACUCCACCUCUGUACACCCAGAUAGAGGGGAGUUAAAUUCCGACCAUCUGAGGAAGGACGUGGAUGACCUGUCGGGUGAUGAGGAUAAUGAAUCCAAGUCACCCUCUAGGUCCCCCUCGCCCCCUGCCAGUCACGCCUCGGCACCUGCAGCCAUCAGUCACCGUCGUCCCAGGUCCUAUAGCAGACGACCCCUCACCCCUAGCACCCGUCGGCGCUACUACGACUCGGAUGAAGACUCUGGCGACGACCUGUACGUCCCCAGGAGGUACUACCGUCACCACUACUACCCCUGGGAGGACUGCCCACUCUGCUACCCGGACUACCCUUACCUGCCCCGUUACCCGCGCCUCUCCCGAUAUGAGAGGUACAGGUACUUCCACAGAGCUACAGGCUGUCGGUGUUCGUGCUCUACCUGCUCCCGUUAUUACUCUACCUGCCAUUACCUGGGACGGCCCCUUAACUCUUACUACAGGUACCGGCCCUCUUGCCUUCCCUAUUACCCAUAUCGCUCCUCCUACAAGCCCUACAGCAAGUCAUACCUUCGACAUUUGGAAAUGCUGGACUCUGAUGAUCUAAAUCCAAGUCCUCCAUUAAAAUUACCCAAGGCAACUAAAAAAGCUGGGGAGAUUAAGGAUGCCACAAGUGAAGACUCUGACUUGUUUGACAGUUCUCAGGUGGAAGAAAUUGAAGAAGGAAUGAGUAAGAAAAGUCGGCUGACCAAACGAGAGAAUUGGCUCAAGACUGAUACAGGGGCUAAAGAUGCUUCUAGAGGUGUGAAUGAGGGAGAAGCAGGUCGUUCUCAAAGCCAUGUUACAAUUCAUGAAGAAAACGAAUCAAAGAAAGUAGAGGACUCAAGUGGUGAAUUCUUUAACAUAGAUUGACUGACGUAAGUGUGGAUGACAGCAAGAUAUAGCUAAUACAAUACAUUCGAAGAAACAUGUUGCAGUACUUUGUUUAGCAUAUAAAAUAAUUAUUAGUGUCGAUAAUUAUUUUAUGUUGUAUAUUCCCUAGUUUUUGUAACAUAAUUUAAUGUUUAAAUAUAAUUUGAAUUCUAUUUAAGAGAUUAGAAUUGUAACUUAUUCUGUGCAACAUUAGCAAAGAUACUACAGUACAGAACAUUUACUAAGAUGCACCACUCUCGCUUCCCUAUUCAACCCAUUGUAAUAGGUCGACAUCAGCAUGUCUAGUGGCUGGGAUUUGUUUGUCAUGUCGCCAGGGAGGAAAAAUUUCUCCAUCUACAGUACUGUUUAAUUCCAACUACAGAGGCUAAAGUCCAGAUUUAUAAUUUUUUUGGUUCCCUACAGAUAAAGUAAGGUAAGCUUAAUGUGAUGUUAGAACUUUUGCAAAAUUACUUGUCUUAGUCUUUCUUGGUAGGUUAAAUUUUGCAGUUCUUGGACCAUUCUUGUUGCUCUCCUUUGUACAGAAUUUGUUCAAUGGUAUCAAUGACCUUCCCAAGGUGACCACAUCUGUACUGCCAAAUCAAGAGUUUUCCAUGUUCAUGUGAGUGAAUGAGUGUCGUAUUAUUCCUAGCAUCUGAAUUAUUUUUUAUGAUUAUUUCCUUUAUGAUUUUCACUUUCAGAUUUGAGUUUGUGUACCUGUACUCCAAGGUCUUUCUCUCUACUUGUAGUCCAUGGCAUUCCAUUCAUUUUAUAGUUAAAGUUUAAAUCUCCCACUCCUGAGUAAGGGGUGACAGUACUCCAAACAGGGGAGCACUGUACUUUUGAAGAGCAUUACAAGGAGCGGACUACUUAGGUAUCUGAACAAGUUUCUUACGAGACCCACUAGCUUAAUCGAUUGAUUCACCUUCUCAUAAUGGUCCGAAAACUUCAGUUCAUUGUCAACAUGCAUACCCAAGUUCGUUUUACAUUUGGUCACCGUUAAUGCUGUUUCUUCGCUCCAUUGGACAUGUGAUAUACCGGGUACCUCUUCAUUGUUGGUAGUAUGACCUCUUGCUUUUUGCGAGGCUAAAUUUUAACAGCCAUUCCUUUGACCACUCCUGAAGUUGAUAAAGAUCUUUCUGAAGCUCUUCAAAGUCUGUUUGGUUCUUAAUUUCUCUGAAUAACUUGGCAUUGUCUGUGAACAUUUGUAUAGAGGAGUGUAUAGCUUCUGACAUGUCAUUUAUAAGACAAACCACAAUGGGGCCAGUACACUGCCCCACGGUACCUCGCUUGUCACUAGUACACACAACGAUUUUUGCGAUUAAUCGCCACACACUGCUUGCGAUCAGGGAAAAAUAUCCAAUUUGGAAGCUGUCGAAAGCUUUGGCAAAGUGCGGAUAUUUAUUGUCAAUAUUGCCACCACGCUCCAGGAUCUGGGUCUACACAUCCAGCACAUUAAGUACUGUAAUUAUACCAAGCAAGAGCAUCCCGGCAUAAAACCCUGUUGGCAUUCCUUUACUAGGUUGUUUCGUAGUAGAUGUUCCACAAGUUAUCUUGUUUAAUGCUCUCUAGUACUUUACACACUAUACUAGAUAAGCUCACUGGCCUAUAAUUAUUAGUGCAGUGGAGAUCUUCGUUUGAAUGUAGGUCUCAUAUACCAUCUAAAGAAUAGAUUGGCCUUUGCCUCGCUGAUGACAUUUGGUGACAAUAUUUAAUUGUCUAGUCAUAAAGAUCUUGCACUCCAACAAAAGUAACUAGCUAAGUAUUCAAAUACUGUACAGUGCUUGUACUGUACAGUAUACUGCAUCAAAUUAAACUUAUGACCAUAAUUAUCACCACAGGUCUAAGUGUUGGGUUAUGAACUGCAAAGCGGAGGAUUUUGACGAUAAUAAAUGUUGCCUGUACAAAUAAUUGAGUUAAUGUGAGCGCUUAGCAGGAAAGAGCAGAGUUAACUACAGCCAUUUGGUGGCGUCACUGCCGCCUUGGUUACAGGCUGGCUUAUAGUGGUGCAUCUUACUGAGUGUAGUAUCUUUGAUAUUAGUUAAGAAUUAGAAGGUGCAAGUUUGAUGAUGGAACUAUCAAGAUGAUCAGAAUAGAAAUGAGAAGUGUUUCUAUUGUUCUUUGACCAAAUGUUGAUCAAUUAAACUGUACUGUACUGUACUGUACAUGCAGAUAGGGAAAAGUUGGAGGAUACUUCAACUCCUAAAUAAAAACAAUUAUAAGUGACAGUAGAAAAAACUUUUGUAAUGAGCAGGGAAAAAAAGUUACUGUAUGUGGGUCAAAGAUUCUGAUGAGCAGAAGAAAAGCAAUAUGUUCUACUGUACAGUACAGGUAGUCCUUACUAACUACAGGGGUUCCAUUCCUUAAAACUCCUGAGAUGUCCAUAAUUUCAAUAUUUGUAAUGUGUAAAAAUGUAUAAAAGUACAGCUACUCCCUGACUUACGACCUACUCGACUUACGACCACCUGCACAUACGACCGCCUCAGUCGUACCAAAAAAUUUUCAAAUUAAAUAUUUUCGAG